AUGCACGAAAUCCCAAACUACCCACAAAACUUGCUGGACAGAGUCAAAGCGGCCAAGCACGGUCCCUCACUCGAUUCCAACGCCAAAUACGUCUUCCAUGUCAUCCACAGGAACGACGACGAGGAUAUGCAAGCAUUUGAGGAGGUAGACUCUGAGGAUGAGGAGAUGGAUGCCGAGGAUGAUGACACCGAAAGGCAAUCAACAUUCGACACGCUUGAGGAGGCCAACAAUGCCGCUUUGGCCCUUUUCAGAAGCAUGUACAUGGAUUUCUUUGAUCAGGAAAAUGAUAUGUCCAACUGGUAUGAGGAGGGAACCAGCGAAGAGCAACUGAAUGAGGUGGUAUGGAAGGUCAAUGCCGACGGGGAGGUUUCGUUGAAAGCCCACGAAACCGAGGAUGAGAUUAUAUACGAGAUUUAUGUUUCUGCAUCAAAAGUUUAG